AUGCAGCGUCAGGAUGCCCAGCGAGCACUAUACGGCGACUCUCCGCCACCUCGACAUUAUGUGAGGCACGGCGACUUCGUCACUAAGUACACGACCAGCCUCAACGGUAUGGGCGCUCUGGACCACCCCAACGAGGCCUCGGCAAUCCGGUUCAUCAAGAUCUAUACGAUAAUAUUUGUUCCCGCCGUUAUUAGUAGUUACUGUGACCACAUCACCUUGGAAUAUGUCGAGGGCCAGAUGCUACGACAAGCUUGGCCGGUGUUGACGACCGACCAGCGCGCUAACAUUAUAAUCCAGCUUCGCGGCUAUAUCGCGCAGCUGCAGGCAUUAUCCGGCACUCACUUAGCCGCUUAG